AUGCCAUCAGAAGCCAUCGGGCCUGAACCAUGGCAACCGUGGCAAUGUCUUGAUUUAACAUAUAUUUAUACACUUUUACAUUACGGAUAUGGAUUGCCUGAUGACAGGAAAAUCAAUAUUCGUUCAAUGGAAGUUUCUUGGGCAUUGGGUGCUGGUUUUCAUCUUCUAAAUUCUUAUCAUGAAAAUAAAUUGAAAGAAUCUCGUGAUGAGAGGCAGCGACAAUUGAAAGAAGCUUUGGAACGUGAUCGUGAGGAUUUGGAAGCUCGACGCAAAGCAAUUGAAGAAAAAGAGGCAGCCACGGAUAAAAGAUUGGCCUCUUUGUCAACGCUGGCGAAGAUAUUUCAUUGGUUUAGUGAUUGGAUGACGCAUUUGCUCACAUCGCUUAAUUUGAUUUCAUGA